CGGCCGGGGCGGGGCGGCCAGUUGCGCCCUCCGAGCCGAGCGCUCGGGCCCCGCAGCAGCAGCAGCCCGCGCCUCAGCGCAGUCUCCUCGCCCUGGUGCGCGCAGGUGCCUCCUCCUGGACGGCGACAGCGGUGGAGCGAGGAGCCGGCUGGCAGCUACGCGAUGGGGCCCCUCCGUGAAACCAAGAAGGAGCAGAGAGUGCUGCAUCAUGAGAAGGAGAUUUCCCGAAGCCGAAUUCCCCGUUUGAUUCUUCGACCCCAUCUGCCCCAACAGCAGCACAAAGUGUCCCCAGCCUCUGAGUCUCCCUUCUCUGAGGAAGAGAGCAAAGAGUUCAACCCCAGCAGCUCUGGGCGCUCGGCGAGGACCAUUAGCAGCAACAGCUUCUGCUCAGAUGACACAGGCUGCCCUAGUAGCCAAUCAGUGUCUCCUGUGAAGACGCCUUCUGAUGCCGGCAAUAGCCCUGUUGGCUUCUGCCCUGGAAGUGAUGAAGACUUUACCAGAAAGAAAUGCACAAUUGGAAUGGUUGGUGAGGGGAACGCCCAGCCAGCUCGAUACAAGAAGGAACCAAAGUCAGGCCUUGUAAAGCCAGGUAGCGAAGCUGAUUUUAGCUCCUCGAGCAGCACGGGCAGCAUUUCCGCUCCUGAGGUCCAUAUGUCUGCUGCGGGAAGCAAGCGGUCCUCUUUUGCACGCAAUCGAGGUCCCCAUGGGCGGAGUAAUGGAGCUUCGUCAUACAAGUCUGGCAAUAGCCCUCCAUCCCCACGGGAGAAGGACCUUCUGUCCAUGCUGUGCAGGAACCAGCUGAGUCCCGUUAACAUCCAUCCCAGUUAUGCGCCUUCUUCCCCGAGCAGUAGCAACUCUGGCUCCUACAAAGGAAGCGACUGCAGUCCGGUGAUGAGACGGUCUGGAAGGUACAUGUCCUGUGGUGAAAAUCAUGGUGUCAAACCCCCAAAUCCUGAGCAGUACUUGACUCCUCUGCAGCAAAAAGAGGUUACAGUGAGGCACCUAAAGACCAAGCUGAAGGAAUCCGAGCGCCGGCUUCACGAGAGGGAAUCUGAAAUUGUGGAGCUCAAGUCCCAGCUGGCCCGGAUGCGAGAAGACUGGAUUGAAGAAGAGUGUCACCGGGUAGAGGCCCAGUUGGCCCUCAAGGAAGCCAGGAAAGAGAUCAAACAGCUCAAACAGGUCAUUGAAACUAUGAGGAGCAACUUGGCUGAUAAAGAUAAAGGCAUUCAGAAAUAUUUUGUGGACAUAAACAUUCAAAACAAGAAGUUGGAGUCUCUACUUCAGAGCAUGGAGAUGGCGCACAGUGGCUCUCUGAGGGAUGAACUGUGUCUAGACUUUCCAUGUGAUUCCCCAGAGAAAAGCUUGAGCCUCAACACCCCCUUUGGCAAGAUGACGGAUGGGCUGUCUCUGGAAGAGCAGGUCACAGAGGAAGGGGCUGACAGUGAGCUGCUGGUGGGAGACAGCCUGGCUGACGGCACAGAUUUGUUCGAUGAGAUGGUGACAGCCACCACCACAGAGGCCGGCGGUGUGGAGCUUCUUCACUGCACUCUUGGGGCGCCAAUCCUGGAGGCCCUCUCCAGGGCAGGGGGGCAGGAGGAGAGCAGCGUGGUGGUGGAGCAGGCCGUGCAGACCGAUGUGCUGCCCUACAGCCCUGCGAUCUCAGAGUUCAUUCAGCACGUGCUCAAGCUCCAGGACCCUAGUCCCUCGAGCUCGGCAUCCCCUGAAGAAUCUGUGGCUGACUCCACAGAAAGCUUCCCGGAGUCCAUCUCUGCAUUCGUGGUUGACUUAACUCCAAGAAAUCCAAACUCAGCCAUCCUUUUGUCUCCUGUGGAGAUCCCAUACCCCGAGGUGGAUAUCGAAGCUCAUGAAAACCGCCUCAUGAGAGAGCUGGAUUUUGCAGGCUCCGCAGAAGAAAGGUUGGACGGCCUCAUCCUGCGGCCGCAGGGGGCCAUCGGGAGGCAGUACUGGAGCAGCAGUUUCCUGGUGGAUCUCCUGGCGGUGGCGGCACCCGUGGUCCCCACCGUUCUGUGGGCAUUUAGUACUCAGAGAGGGGGGACAGACCCCGUCUACAACAUCGGAGCCUUGCUCCGGGGCUGCUGUGUGGUGGCCCUGCACUCGCUCCGCCGCACCGCCUUCCACAUCAAAACCUAAAUAGAAGUUGUUGGUUCCUUGUGCCAAUCUGUCCCGUGUGGCGUCGUGCCAGGUGGAGAAACAGCAGGUCGACCUAUGGCAGCCCCUCUUCUGUCGUUUUGCUCCUCGGUGUUUGAUUUGCACUACGUUUAGUUGAAACCUGUUCCCUGAUUAAAGCCGGAGGUAUCUUCAAAGGCAUGGAGACCUGGUUCCAAUAAAUGUCCCACCAGUGUGGUGUAGAAAGCAUGCUCAUGACCCCGCCGUGUCGUCUGAGGUGCCCGCUCUUAUCCUAGUGGUUCAGGAAAAGAAAAUGCAAACUUUGCACUUUCGAGACAGCUUCAGUAAGGCUGGCAUGUUAUCUCCUUGCUUUGCUUCGUGCCGUUCAAAAAUGUGUAAUUGUUCCAGCAUUCCAAUGGUCUUGUGCAUAGCAGGGACUGUAACCAAAAAUAAAAAUGUAUUUGUGUAAUUGAUUCGAAGAAGUCUUGAAUAGCUCUUUAGUGUCUUACUUGAGGUUGAUAAGGUUGGAGUGUUUGAAUUUUUUACUAAAUGUAGCUCCAAAGUCUUAAAUGGCUUGUUUGUUCUUAAACCUGUUAAUUGAUGAAACUGUAUGUAAGUUUACAAUGUAUUAACUUAUGUUUUGCUUAUUAUAUAUAGUGUUUUAUUGGAAAUUGUUUGUAACUACACACUUCAGCAUGAUGAAAGUAAAGAUUAGUGUUUCCACUGAAAUAAAUGUUUUAUCCUCCUAUAAAUAAAU